GGGUCCAUCGUAGCGAUGAAAACGAAAUCAAAACAAAAGCCAGAUCCCGGUGCCGGUGGCUCCAUCAGCAACAUUACUACCACAACAGCGACUACUUCGGGGAACUCGAAACCGGCCGAAACCGAAGAACCCGCUCAUGCCACUCAGCAGCAGCAGCAGCAGCAGCAGUCGAACGAAAGCGAGAGUUUGCGCAGCAACGCGAAAGCUCCAAUUGGCCCCUCGGAAGAGCCAACGGUGAGUGCCGUAAGCUCUCAGCGCAGCAUCCCCAACACCACUACCAGCAGCAGCAGCACCAGCGCCAGUGCCACCGCCAGCAAAACAACAACAAUCGCCGGCAGUUCCCAACCUGAAGUCGCCGGCGACACAUCGUCAUCGUCAGCAGCAGCAGCAGCAGCGGUCGCAGCAUCGGCAUCAGCAUCGUCGCGUCGUCGUGAGACCGGUGUGCGUUCGGCAGCGAGUGCGAGUGCAAACGCAGUGAACAGCAGAUCAAAGGACCAGCCACCAACCGGGAACAGCGAACUGCCAGCAGCAGCAGCGACAGAAGGAACAGCAGCAGCAGUAACCCCUGCUGAUGAGUUGCCGCCAGCAGUGAACUCAUCAAUCGAACCGCAACCACAGACGCCCGAGGAGGAAGGGCACACGAACGAAGUGGGUGGUAAUGAGCCGGGGCUGGACCCGAGGGUCACUGGCCAGGAUGAGUGCGACAUUAUCGACUUUCCAUUGCCCGAGCUUCCGGUGAGCAGUCGGCAGGAUCCGACCUCGUCCGAUAGCUUCUUCACGGCGACGGACGCCGAGGAUGGUGGUGCACAUGACGACGACGACGACGACGACGUGAAGCGCAGCAGCAAGAAAUCGGGAAAGCGUGACGACAAAGAACCAUCAAGGGAAGGUCAACAGCAACAGCAGCAGCAGGAGGUCGCCGGCGCCAACAUGCAUUACCGGACGUCGGCGAACGGCGGUAAGCCGACCUAUCUGUUUGGCGAGAAUCUGAAGAAGAACGAAAUCUUCCUCAACAAAUCUGGCUGGGUGCAGGUGAGCGGUCAACCGCCGCUCGGUGCUCCAGGGCGUCCCGGGCCGGCUGCCUAUCAGUAUGGAGGUGCUGGUGGUGUCAGCGGAACGUCUGGCCAAAUACCGGAAGUAGCCAAAGUGUCCCGGAAGUACAUCGAGUACGACGAAAACCGAUACGCUGCCGGUGGACGGCCUGGAAGUAAGCUGGAGGACUUAAUCAAUCGUAAUGAUACGCGUGGUAAAGGGAUGGGCCCUAGGGGUGCUACUAGUCAGCAUCCUCAGCAGCAGCAGCAGCAGCAGCAGCAACAAUUCCAGAAGAUGCAACGGCAAGAUAACGUGACGAUCUUAAAGAUCGAUCCAAGCGCUUCCAGUUCCCUCAACAACCGACCGGCCUGUCUGUCCAUCAAGCGGAAUCUGGCUGAUGGAAGUCCACCGCCAGUCACACCGAUCCUCUCACCUCCUCCUGCCUUCCAAGACUCCCAGCAGCAACAACAACAGCAGCAACAAUCGAACAAAACACGUCUCGGGGACAUUAAGCCCGGCACUCGAAUAUUCCUCUCGGUGGUGGACAAUGAAAACCACAAUCCCAAGGGGAUGGUAUUCUCACGCAGCUUCGAGUACGAUCGGCGCCUAAACCGGAGACCACCGGAACAGGAAGAGCGUGGUAUCGAGCGAGCUUACAGUGCGACAAGCGGUUCUACCGGUACCUCUGGUGGUGGCGCUGGUGGUGGUACGGAUGCAUUUUCCAAAAGUUUCGACUACGACUAUGGAUCACCGUCAUCGUCGGGUGCUGGUGCUGGCGGAGGAACGGGUACGACGCCAACGCAGCAGAAGCAACCGUUGAAGAGCUCGCUAAUCCGACGAACACGUUCACCCACGUUCGCCACGCUAACCGGCAAUUCGCCAAACUAUCUGACGAAGAAGGAGAAACCAGCGACGCUAAGCUCACCGAUCUUUCCCAAGGCCAUACCGGGUAACAGCUUGACCGUGAACCGGGCCGUGCUGGGGUAUGCGUCCAGUGAGUCACUUCGUAAGUUCGACCAGAAUAAAUCACUCGAUGGUGGAGCGGUCGCCGGGGGCCAUCGUUCCCGGCGCUCCCAGUUUUCGACCAAGGCCAACUCGGCACCGGGCUUACCGUAUGGUUUCCGCUCAGAUUCCGUCGGCAAUCAGCGGCUCAAUUCCUGUGAUAGUGGGGCACGAUCGGAUUACUCCAACGACGACGUGGACGAUGAUGACGAUGAUGACGAUGAGGAGAUUAGCGAAGAUCAGUCAUCCUCCCUGGCACUCAGCUACAAAUCAUCGACGUCCUACAUCAACCAGAUGAAGGGUAGGGCCUCGGGCUUCGGUACCAGCAGCCCCAACCAGAGCCAAAGUGGACUACUGUCAGCCGCCGGACUGACCGUGGGCGUUCCGACACACAGUCUCCUGAAAGCGCAGCGAUCCCUAACGCCCGAACGGCUCUACGAUAACAACAUGGAUGAGUACGGUAGCG